AUGUCGAAUUUGUCAAAGCUUGAGUUUGUGGCACUUGAUAUCUCCGGAAAUAAUUACCUAUCAUGGGUACUCGAUGCUGAAAUGCACCUAGACGCCAAAGGUCUUGGUGCCACGAUUACUCAAAAUAAUACAACAUCGAGUCAAGACAAAGCGAAGGCAAUGAUUUUCCUUCGUUAUCAUCUGGAUGAAGGAUUGAAAGUUGAAUACCUGACAGUGAAAGAUCCACUUGAAUUGUGGACUGGUUUGAAGGAAAGGUAUGACUACAUUAAGGUAACGGUAUUGCCCAGGGCUCGUUAUGAGUGGAUUCACUUACGGUUACAAGAUUUUAAAACUUACCGUGAAAGGGGUUUUAAAAAGCAUGCUGAUUUGAUAUCAUGUCUUCUUGUAGCUGAGCAGCACAAUACCCUUUUAUUGAAAAAUCAUGAAGCCCGUCCCACUGGAACUGCUCCAUUCCCGGAAGCGAAUGUGGUAGCAACACAUGGCCCAACUGAAAGAAGACAAAAUAAUCGGGGCCAUAAUAAUGAGCGUGGGCGUGGCAGGGGCAGGGGACGAUAUAAUAAUCGUCGUUAUGGUGGUCACCAUAAAAGGGAGAACAAUAUGGGUUAUCAAGGCAAUCCUUCAAGGAACAACUGUCAUCGUUGUGGUUUGAAAGGUCACUGGAAAAAUGAAUGCCGGACGCCUGAACAUUUUGUCAGGCUUUAUCAAAAUUCCUUCAAAAGAAAGGCAAAUAGAGGUGGUGCCUCUUCUGCUAAUGCCCGGGUGGAGUCACACAUGACUUUUAAAAAUAACAAUGAGGCAGGGCCUUCACGAAAAUAUAAUGAUAAUGUUGAAGCUAAUUUGGCUUUGAAAGAUGAUGAUUUUGAUGGGUUUGAUGAUAUUACUCAUUUGGAAGUUGAAGACUUCUUUGGAGAUCAAAAUUGA